CCGGAUCGUUCGCGAACGACCCAUCACUACAAGACCAAAACGAACAAGCGCGUUGCAUUGUGGUCGCCGGCGCUGGACAGGUGCUAGCAUAAGCUCGCAAGCUAACCUGAUCUCGUCCCACGCCAUCUGAUCAAAAGUCUUGUGUUGAUCUGUCUCUAAAGAUGUCUUCAACAUCUCAAAAGCACAAGGACUUUGUGGCUGAGCCAAUGGGCGAAAAACCUGUGUUGGCUCUUGCAGGCAUCGGAGAAGUCCUAGGAAAACGAUUAGAGGAGAGAGGUUUUGAUAAGGCUUACGUGGUCCUUGGACAGUUUCUGGUCCUCAAGAGAGACGAGGAGCUUUUCCGGGAUUGGUUGAAGGACACUUGUGGGGCCAAUAGUAAACAACAAGGUGACUGCUUCGGCUGCCUUAAGGAAUGGUGCGACGCCUUCCUGUAAACCGUGUCCUUUUUUUCCCCCACACACAGUAUGUUUUUGUAGCGCAAACUGUUUUUUCAUAGAUUUUAAAUCCACUGAGGUUAAUUGAAGAUGAUUUUAAUUAUACUGAAGUUAUUGCAGCGUUUACACUGUCGUUCAGUUGAGAGCUUAAAAUGGAGACAAAUGUCCUCGUUGUUUGCAAUGAAAGACCAAUAAAAUUGCAGCGUUUUCACUGAUCUUCAGUUAAGAGCCUAAAAUGGAGCCAAAUGUCCUUUAUUUUUGCAAUGAAAUGCCAAUAAAAUUGAAAAGCGAGUUUUUGCUGUGACACA